UUUAUUUUUUUUCUUAUACAUAUUUUUUUUUUUUUUUUUUUUUUUUUUUUGUAAUAUAAUGGGUCAAGGUGAAAGUAAAUUUAAAGGCACAUUUACAUUUGCCUAUGUAAAAAAAGAAUUUUCGCCAACGACUGCUACAAGUGUAUUAACAACAGAAAAUACUGAUAUUUUAUUGAUAAAUCCUCAAGAGUAUGGAUUAAAACAACGUGAUUCUGGAUACUAUGACCCUAGUUUAGUAAAUGACUUGAAUUAUAUCGACACAACUUAUUAUUCUGCAUCCAAAACAAGCAUAACAACAAUAACAACAACAACAGCUGACCAACAACAACAGGAACAGGAUAUAAAUCAAACCCAGAUUUCAUUUGCUGAGGUCAUGGCUACCAGCGAAAAAGGAUUCGAGCAAGUAUAUUUGUCCCGUAGAUCUAUAGAUAGACUUAGUCCAAAUAUAGGAAUGUUAACAAUGAUUCGCAAAUUAGACUUAUCAAAUAAUCAGUUGACCGAAUUACCAGAAUCAAUUGGAUAUAUGCAAAGUUUAGACACACUCAUACUUUCAAAGAACGAAUUAAAAUCUAUUCCUGACACUAUUGGAUAUCUAUCGAAUUUGUCAGAUUUGGAUUUAUCAUCAAACGCAAUUGUAGAAUUAACACCCUGUAUAAGUUAUCUAAAAAAACUCAAGAAUCUAUCGCUUGCUUACAAUCAGAUCUCUUAUUUACCAACAACUAUCACUGGAUUAACUAAUUUAAUUUCACUUGAUUUGACUCGGAAUCCACUCCGAGUUCUGCCUGCAGAAAUAUCACAACUACCAUUUUUGAGAAAACUAAGACUUGACGAUAUACCAUUUGACAGUACUUUGGAAUACACUUUAAGUCAUAAUGCACCCAGUUUAGUUGAAAUCUGUGCAAGAAUUGUAACAAGAAAAGCAAUCCCAAUUUCAAAUUUAUUACCUGAUCACAUGGUUUCUUACAUCAAAUCUGCAAAGUCAUGUACUUCUUGUCAUGGCCCUUUUUAUGAAUCAUUUGUAUUGCGUGGAAGGCUGAUGGAAAAAACUGAUAUGCAUAUACCAUUAGAAUAUACCCUUUGUUCUGCUCAUUGGUCAGACGCUAACGAUCGUAUCCAAAGCAUGUUUUCAGAACAGCCUUAUACAACAAGUCAAGUAGUCCAUCAACCCUAUAGACCAAAUUUACCCUGCCCAACAAAACCCACGACAGAAUUGUUAUCCGUAUUAAGCCGUAAAAGACAUACACCGGUGGAUAACCAGUUAGUUCCUGCUGUAACUACAAACGAGGCUCCAUCUAAAAAACUGGGGAGUCUAUCCCUCAGAUUAAAAAGACCGUGGUAGUCUUGUUCUCAUUAUAUAUUUACAUGUAUUCACUAUUAUAUUUCUAUACCCUCAUAGAUUAGUUUUUAAAUAAAAUAAAACCCCUCACCCUUGUUUAUCUACUAUUUGUCACACACUACAUUUUUUGACCAUCUGUGUGUGUCGAUACACAAGCAUGAAUGAACGUGUU